AUGGCCGGCCCGCGCGCAGGAAAGAAGUCCAUGGCCAACGGCUCCGGCGGCCAGAACACGUCGAGCAAGCAGUCGCUCACGGAGGCGUUCGACAAGGACCUGUACGACGGCAACAACGGCGUCGAGAAGUAUGCCGGCUACAACAUGUCCAUCGCCGCCAAUGAGGACGAGGAAAUGCAAGAUGCAGGAGAGUUGAAUGGGAGGCGGCUCGUCGGGCAGUACACGGCCUCGAAGGAUAUGCUCAACGAGUUCGCGCACGGCGAUACCGCGGAGGACGACAUCCUGCAGAGCCGCGAGCAGCAGGCACAGAUCGCUUCGCGCGAGACCGGCUACCAACGACGUCGAUUCGACCGCAGGUUGUCACCAGAUCGAGCAGACCCAUUCACCAAAGAUGGUGCCAAUGGCGGCGUGGCGUACAAGGACGUCAUGAAGGAACGGGAGCUUGAGCGCGAGGAGGUCCGCAUCAAACGACUCCUCGAAGACCGUGAGAAGAAGGGCAAUGAAGUCCUUGAUCAUCAGCCAACCCUGAAGGAUGGCGCCACGGUGACCGAUGGAAAUAAGACGCCACCAAUGGAGAAGAAGCGCAAGAGGCGCCGAUGGGGCGAUGAAGAGCCGACAAUCAAGAAGGAAGAAGAGGAGGAGAAGGAGGAGGAGAAAAAGGUAGUGCCCGUGGCCAAGAAGAAGUCGCGGUGGGCUUCUUCUCCAGUACCAGAAGUCAAGGCAGACGAGCCGGCCGCCGCCGCAGAGCCCGUACGGUCGCGAUGGGACACCACUGCUCUCCCCUCCUCCGGUGCAACGCCCGCACCCGCUACGAAUGGCGCCCGACCUGCUGCGCCCAUGACGUUCGCUUUCGGCACCGACAUCUCAGCCCGCAAUGCUCCUCUAUCGGACGAGCAGCUCGACAUGAUGCUUCCCUCCGUAGGCUACAAGAUCCUCGAGCCGCCACCAGGCUACGAGCCAGUUCGCAGGCCGGUCGGCAUGCCGGCGCUUCCAACCGGAUACCAGGGCUACCUGGUGCCAGAGGCAGACAACAGCUUGGCAAUGAUGGGCAAGCAGGUGUCGACGGAGAUACCGGGUGUUGGUGAUCUCCAGUUCUUCAAGGACGAGGAUAUAAAGUACUUCGGCAAGCUCACGGACGGCGCCAACGAGAACGAGAUGACCGUGGAGGAGCUCAAGGAGCGCAAGAUCAUGCGACUCCUGCUGAAGGUCAAGAACGGCACGCCGCCGAUGCGAAAAACUGCCCUUCGACAGCUUACCGACAACGCGCGCCAAUUUGGUCCUGGUCCCCUCUUCAACCAGCUCCUCCCUUUGUUGAUGGAGCGCACCCUGGAGGACCAGGAGCGCCAUCUGCUCGUCAAGGUCAUCGACCGUGUCCUGUACAAGCUCGACGACCUCGUUCGGCCGUACGUCCACAAGAUUUUGGUUGUUAUUGAACCCCUUUUGAUCGACCAGGACUACUACGCUCGUGUUGAAGGUCGUGAGAUUAUCUCCAAUCUCAGCAAAGCUGCCGGUCUAGCACACAUGAUCAGUACAAUGCGCCCGGACUUGGACCACCAGGACGAGUACGUACGAAACACCACCGCUCGAGCGUUUGCCGUGGUUGCAUCUGCUCUAGGUAUCCCAGCCCUUCUCCCCUUCCUCCGUGCCGUAUGCAGGAGCAAGAAGUCACCGAACGCUCGUCACACCGGUGUCAAGAUUGUGCAGCAAAUCCCCAUUCUCAUGGGUUGUGCUAUUCUCCCCCAUCUGAAAGGUCUAGUGGAGUGCAUUGGUGAGAAUCUCAAUGAUGAACAGCCAAAGGUACGCAUGGUUACCGCACUUGCGCUUGCUGCCCUCGCCGAAGCCGCUUCUCCCUAUGGUAUUGAGUCCUUCGAUGACAUCCUUAAUCCUUUGUGGACUGGAGCUCGUCGCCAGCGUGGCAAGGCCCUCGCUUCCUUCUUGAAGGCCGUCGGCUAUGUCAUUCCGCUCAUGGACGAAGAGUACUCCAACUAUUACACAAGCCAGAUCAUGGAGAUCGUCAUCCGGGAAUUUCAGUCUCCUGACGAGGACAUGAAGAAAGUCGUCUUGAAAGUCGUCUCCCAGUGCGCUGGCACAGCAGGUGUCACUCCCGUUUACCUCAAGGAUAGUGUGCUUCCGGAGUUCUUCAAACAUUUCUGGGUCCGUCGAAUAGCAUUGGAUAAGCGCAACUACCGGCAAGUUGUCGAUACCACCGUCGACCUGGCUCAGAAGGCCGGUGUAGCCGAGAUCGUCGGCCGCAUCGUUAAUAACAUGAAGGACGAGAACGAGGCAUACCGCAAGAUGACGGUGGAGACAAUUGACAAGGUUAUCAGCACUCUAGGUGCACAUGACGUUGACCAGCGUCUCGAGGAGCAGCUCAUUGAUGGCAUCCUCGUGGCUUUCCAGGAUCAGACCAUCGAGGAUCCCAUUGUCAUAGAUGGUUUCGCUACCAUUGUGAACGCUUUGGGUGAGCGGACGAAGACCUACCUCCCGCAGAUCGUCGCUACCGUUCUCGCUCGUUUGAACAACAAGUCUGCCACUGUUCGCCAGCAGGCUGCCGAUUUGAUCUCACGGAUUACCUUCGUCAUGCAGAAGUGCGACGAGGAUCCGCAAUUGAUCAAGCUUGCACAGGCGCUCUACGAAUACCUCGGUGAGGAAUAUCCGGAAGUCCUCGGAUCGAUCCUGGGUGCCCUACGUGCCAUCGUCACCGUUGUCGGUCUUACGGCAAUGCAGCCACCCAUUAAAGAUCUUCUCCCUCGUCUGACGCCCAUUCUCCGUAACCGUCACGAGAAAGUGCAAGAGAACACGAUCGAUCUUGUCGGACGUAUCGCCGAUCGCGGUGCAGACUACGUUAACCCGCGUGAGUGGAUGCGUAUCUGCUUUGAGCUACUUGAUAUGCUCAAAGCCCACAAGAAGGGCAUCCGUCGAGCCGCUAAUAACACGUUCGGCUAUAUCGCUAAGGCAAUCGGUCCGCAGGACGUCCUGGCGACUCUGCUUGGUAACCUUCGUGUCCAGGAGCGUCAGUCUCGCGUUUGUACCGCUGUUGCUAUCGGUAUCGUCGCAGAGACCUGCGCCCCCUUUACUGUCCUCCCAGCUGUUAUGAAUGAGUACCGCGUUCCCGAGCUCAACGUCCAGAACGGUAUUCUCAAGGCGCUCUCUUUCAUGUUCGAAUACAUUGGCGAUAUGGCUAAAGACUACGUCUAUGCUAUCACGCCAUUGUUGGAAGACGCUCUGAUCGACCGCGACCAAGUGCAUCGCCAGACUGCCGCCUCAGUUGUCAAGCACGUCGCGCUUGGAUGUGUUGGUCUCGACUGCGAGGAUGCUAUGAUCCAUCUUCUCAACCUGCUUUGGCCAAACCUGUUCGAGACCAGUCCCCACGUCAUCGACCGUAUCGUGGAAGCUAUUGAGGGCAUCCGCAACGCUGUCGGCACCCCUCUGGUCAUGAACUACGUGUGGGCCGGUCUCUUCCACCCAGCUCGCAAGGUUCGACACCCGUACUGGCGCAUCUAUAACGACGCGUACGUCCAGUCCGCCGACGCCAUGGUCCCCGUGUACCCGCAGUUCGAGGAAGAGAAUCUGAGGAGGCACGAGCUGGAGAUCUUCAUCUAA